UCGGUACUAUUCAUCGACACUGUUCACGGCAGCUGUCUAUCUGUGCGCGUGUUUCUGUCCAACGACGUUCCGCUUGCUUCAAUCUCCACAUGGCAGCUUUGGAUAAGGACAAAGAUGUGGGCCCAGUCAUGGCAAUCCCUCAGAUCUCUCGUCCCGAUUUAUCCCUCAAUCCAUCACACCCUGCUCAAAGGGUCACCAGUGCUCUCUUGAAUGGUAAGAAUUUUCAUGCUUGGGCUCGGUCUCUCCGGCUUUAUCUUGGUGGAAAACGGAAGUUGAAAUGGCUAUUUGACAAAAAUCCAAGACCGAAUGCCUCUGAUCCUACUUUUGAUGAGUGGGAGGCUGACAACUGUGUUAUUCUUGGAUGGAUGUUCAACUCUAUGGAGGAUCGGAUUUAUAAUAUGGUCAUGUAUAAUGACACCGUAUAUGGCUUGUGGACUGCGCUAAAUAAUAUGUAUGCUCAUGCGCAGUGUGACUCUCGGAUAUUUGAGCUUCAUCAGGAAGUUUCUCAUGCUUCUCAGGCAGCCCUAGGACUCUUAGUAGCCGAUGUCUUUGGGUAUCUCCAGACUCGCUGGGAGGAACUUGCCUAGUAUGAGCCUCUUAGUGAUUUCCCUAAUGAUGCUGCAAUCGAGGCUAAGCGACUUGAUCGUCGUCAUACAUAUCAAUUCUUGAUGGGUUUGAAACCCGAGUUUGAGGCUCUUUGCGCUCAAAUCCUCAACACAUCACCUCUACCUCCGUUGUAUGAGGCCUUUGCCACUGUCGAUGGUGAUGAGCGGAGGCGUCGUAUUGCACUGCCUUCUUCUCGGACCAUGGAUCCUUCUGUUGUUCCUGAUCAGAUGGCGUUUGCUGCUCCUUCCGGUAACCGCCCUUAUUGCCAGCAUUGUCAUAAGUUGGGCCACUUUAUUGAUCGUUGUUUUGAACUUCACCCUGAGUUAAAACAACAAUUUACUCGUACCCGGGGUGGUGGCCGUGGAGGUAGCCGAGGUGGCUGCCGUAAUCGAGGUGCUCAUCGCACUGGACCUGACUACGAAGAAGAUUUUUGGCAGGGGGUUUGAGCAGGACGGCCUCUACUACUUUGGGGAGCCAACAUGAUCUGAUGUCUCAUUCUCUAGUCUUCAAGCUUCCGCACUACCAGUUUUAGAUUCAUCUACUUUAUCUUCCUCUGUUUUUUCACUUUCUACUUUAGAUUUGUGGCAUGCUCGUUUGGGCCAUGCAAACUUUCAAUAUCUAUGUUGGCUUUUUCCACCUUUGAAUAAAGCGUGCACAAAUUUUAAAUUUCAUUGUGA